AUGGUUCGUAAUUUUAAAAAAAAGACUGAAAACGGGGAAACACCUCCCGAUGUAAUGUUAAGGGCUGUAAGAAAUGUCAACAUAAAUAAAGUGUCUAAUCGAAAAACUGCAUUGGAAUUUAAAAUAAACUAUCGCACACUUGCUAGGUACUGUAAAAAAAUACCCGAAAAAGAACAGCUUGAUAAUAAAAUUGUUACUCCUACAAUCAAUGUUGGUUACAUUAAAAAUAGAAUGGUUUUUAAUGAAACAAUAGAGAGUCAACUAGAGUCCUACAUUUUAAGAGCUUCUGAUAUUUAUUUUGGUUUAUCCCCUAAAGAAAUUCGAACUUUAGCUUACCAGUUAGCCAUUGAAAAUUCUUUGAAUAUUCCUCAAUCAUGGACUAAAAAUAAAUUGGCUGGUUCAGAUUGGUUUACAGCAUUUUUAAAACGACAUCCUACGUUGUCUAUUAGAACAUCAGAACCGACAAGUUUAGCUCGAGUUUCUAGCUUUAAUUGUACAAACGUCAAUUCAUUUUUUGACAAUUUGUCUACGGUCAUGUCAAGACACUUUUUCCAAGCUCAUGAAAUAUGGAAUAUGGACGAAACUGGCGUAACAACUGUUCAAUCUCCUAAUAGAGUAGUGGCUCGACGUGGAUACAAACAAGUAGGAAGCAUAGUUUCAGCAGAGCGAGGUACUUUAGUGACUAUGGCAUGUGCAAUUUCAGCUAUCGGUAACAAUAUACCACCAUUUUUUGUUUUCCCUCGUGUCCAUUAUAAAGAUCAUUUUGUAGCAAACGGUCCACCCGGUUCCAAUGGUUCAGCUAAUCCUUUUGGUUGGAUGCAAGAAAAAGACUUUAUAUUGUUUCUUAAACACUUCCAAAACCACGUAAAAAGUACAACCGAACGACCUGUGUUAUUAUUGUUGGACAACCAUGGAUCACAUUUGAGUAUUGAGGGGCUUAACUUUACAAAAAAUAAUGGCAUAAUUAUGCUAUCUUUUCCUCCGCAUUGCUCACAUAAAUUGCAACCUCUCGAUAGAACAGUGUUUGGACCGUUCAAAAAAUAUUUAAAUUCUGCUGGUGAUUCUUGGAUAAUAACCAGGCAAAACAAUGACCAUCUAUGA